UAGGUGAUGUAGCGCCGCCAGUCUCAAGCAGGUGUCCAACAUGGCGACCACGGGGAGCGGAUCUCUCUCUAUUGCUCUUGCUGUUUUCCUCAUCUCCUCCGCUACGUUUCUCCUCAAAGUGGAUGACCAGAACCUGAGUACGGACAAUGUGUCUGUGGUGGAGGGCGAGAUGGCCACCAUCAGCUGCAGGGUGAAGAACAACGACGACUCCGUCAUCCAGCUCCUCAACCCCAACCGACAGACCAUCUACUUUAAGGACGUCCGGCCUCUGAAGGACAGCCGGUUCCAGCUGGUGAACUUCUCUGACAACGAGCUGCGGGUGUCUCUGUCCAACGUGUCACUCUCGGACGAGGGGCGCUACGUCUGCCAGCUCUACAGCGACCCCCCCCAGGAGGCCUACGCCGACGUCACCGUGCUCGUCCCACCAGGCGUGCCCAUCAUAGAGAGCCGCGAGGAGGUGGUCAGCGAGGGCAACGAGACGGAGCUCACCUGCACGGCCGUGGGGGGCCGGCCUGCCGCCGCCAUCCGCUGGAUGAAGGAGGAGCAGGAGCUGACAGGUGAGAUGAUGGUGGAGGAGACCUACGACCGGAUGUUCACCGUCAUGAGCCGCGUGCGCUUCUCCGUCACCAAGGAGGACGACGGUGUGCCGGUGGACUGCAUCGUGGACCACCCGGCGGCCAAGGACCUGCAGGCCCAGCGGCACCUGGAGGUGUUCUAUAAACCGGAGGUGAAGAUCGUGGUGACGUACCCCGAGGGUCUGACCAGAGAGGGGGACAACCUGGACCUGACCUGCAACGCCGAAGGGAAACCACAUCCCCAUCGGAUCAACUGGCUGCGUGUGGACGAGGACGUGCCCCCCCAUGCCGUAGUCACGGGCCCCGACCUGUACAUCGAGAACCUCAACAAGUCGUACAACGGCACCUACCGCUGUGUGGCCUCCAACGCCGUGGGAGAGGCCUACGACGACUACGUCCUCCACGUCUACGAUGCUUCCACCACUAUUCCCACCCCCACCACCAACCCAGACAACACGCAAGAAUCCCUAGCGGGGGACAGUGCGCCCCAGAAGAUCGACCACGCGGUCAUUGGCGGGGUGGUCGCCGUGGUGAUGUUCGCCAUCCUCUGCGCGCUCAUCGUCCUCGGCCGGUACUUCGCCCGACACAAAGGUACCUACUUUACCCACGAGGCCAAGGGGGCGGAUGACGCGGCCGACGCCGACACCGCCAUCAUCAACGCUGAGGGCGGGCACAGCAACACGGACGAGAAAAAGGAGUACUACAUCUAA